CCGGAGCGCUGUGUAGUCAGUCAGACCGGAGCGCUGUGUAAGAGGACUUAUUACCUCGACGCAAAUCUCUUUAGGAGGGUAACAUGGAUCAAUCGAAGAGAAGCAGUGAAGUCCGACCCCCACCGCCCUACUCUCAGGACGAUGGCCAACAGAACCCCUAUGACCAACAGAAGCCCUACGGUCAACAGAACCCCUACGGUCAACAGAACCCCUACGACCAACAGAACCCCUACGGCCAAAACAACAACAGUUCUCCCCACUAUGGUCUGAGCGUUGGCCCUGGCAACAUAGCGGUGGUCUCCCCAGCGGGUCAGUAUAACGACAUGGGUCAGGGUCAUCCCGAGGACCAGCAACAACAAUGGGCUCCUCCACUACCACCUGACUAUUCCACCGGGCUGGAGGACACCGGAUGCUUUGAUGACAAAGCUAUAAGAAGAGGCUUUAUAAAGAAGGUGUACCUGACUCUGAUGAUUCAGCUUCUAGUCACCUUUGGGAUCAUCUGUGCCUUUCUGUAUUGGGAGGCUCUGAGGCUCUGGUCUAUGAACACCUACUGGUUUUCCUACUGCAUGAUAGCAGUGGUGCUCGUCAUCAUCGUUGCCUUGUCCUGUUGUGCCGAUGUCCGUCGGAAGGUCCCGCUCAAUUUCCUAGCCUUGGGACUGUUUACCAUUGCAGAAGGUCUCCUGCUGGGCUCUGUGACUGUGUUCUAUAAGGCGGAAGCUGUGAUGUGGGCUGUGGGCGCCACAGCACUGGUCUCCCUGGCUCUGAGUGUCUUCGCCAUGCAGUCCAGAUGGGACUUCACCUUAGCCAGUGGAGGCUUGUGGGUGUUCUGCUGGACUCUCAUAUCCUUUGCAUUGUUGUGUGGAAUCAUGCGAUCCCAGUACCUGUACAUUGUGUACGCUUGCCUGGGAACCUUGCUAUUUUCUUUGUACCUGGUGAUGGACACCCAGCUCAUCCUGGGCGGGAACCACAAAUACAGCAUUUCACCAGAGGAGUACGUCUUUGCUGCUCUCAACCUGUACCUGGACAUUGUCUCUCUGUUCACCAUGCUGCUGUCGCUCAUUGGACUCUGCCGUUAACUUCAUACGUUGUUUUACGACGUCAGAUAGAGCAACAAGCCACCUGCCCUGAUGUAGUUGAGGGACGAGCGUGGAGUAGGAAUUAGGAUAAUGCCUUUUAAUAAAUCUAUUCAAAUCAAAUGAUUUGGUCACAUAUAUACGUAUUUAGAAGAUGUUAUUGCGGGUGGGGCGAAAUGCUUGUUCCUAGCUCCAACAGUGGAUCGGCAUCAAAGAUUCAGCUAAAUAAAGCACUUCCUGGUUUCGUAUUCUUUGAUGUAUAAAUUAUUGACAUUCCAUGUUAUGCAACUUAAUACCUUCAGAAAGUAUUCACACCCCUUGAAUUUUUCCACAUGUUGUUGUGUUACAGUCUGAAUUUAAAAUGGAUAAAUUGUCAUUUAAAUGUCACCGGCCUACACACAAUACCCCAUAAUGUCAAAGUGGAAUUGUGUUUUUAGAAAUGUUUACUUAUUAAAUAAAAAGGAACAGCAAAAGGUAUUGUCUGACAUUACUCAUCCUAAUCAGACAGUUUUAUUUACAUGGGCGAUACAUUGGAGAUAAUAUAAGACAAGUACUGAAAACAAUAGAACACUGGGAAAAAUCUGGGAAACCAGGCCUGGUAUUUAUGGCUGACUUUGAAAAGCCUUUUGAUAAAGCACGACUGGAGUUUAUAUAUAAAUGCCUGGAAUAUUUCAAAAAUAGUAGUAGUAAAUAGUAAAAUAGUUAAUAUUGGCUACUUCUCAGAAAGUAUUCAAUUGUCAAGAGGAGAAGAAAAACAAGGUUGUCCACUAUCGGCAUAUCUAUUUAUUAUGGCCAUCGAAAUCAGAUCCAACAAUAAUAUCAAGGGGCUAGAAAUCCAGGGCUUAAAAACAAAGGUGUCAUUGUACGCUAAUGAUUCAUGUUUUCUUUUAAAUCCACAAUUUGGAUACCUCCACAGCCUCAUGAAGUUGGUUGCAAUUUCAGUUUAAUCCACCAGAAAAUACAGAACAAAUUUUACAACAAAUAUGUUGAUUAAAUUCAAUUAUACUAAUUGAUUUAAAAAAUAAAUACAUUUGGAAAUACAUUUUUAAAAAUAGUAUAAUCUUUGUAAAUUAUAUCACACACAGCUAACAACAAUAUAUGGAAAUGUUUGCUCUACCCAAAAUUACAACCAACGAACUGCAGCAUUAUCGCUCCAAAUAGCUCUGCAUUAACAUAACGUGAUUAGCAGACGUCGAAUUGACCACGCAGCGCCUUUUACCCAGAAAGACUCACAGCUGUAAUCGCUGGCAAAGGGGAUUCUAACAUGUAUUGAUUUAGGGGUGUGAAUACUUGUGUAAAUGAGAUAUUUCUGUAUUUCAUUUUCAAUACAUUUGCCCCCCCAAAAAUCUAAAAAAAACACGUUUUCACUUUGUCAUUGUUUAUUUAUUUAUUUGUGUGUAGAUGGGUGAGAGAGAAAAAACAUACAUUGAAUCCAUUUUGAAUUCAGGCUGUAACACA